CCCUUCCUGCACCUCCCCCACCACUAUUCCUCCACCACCCCCAGCUCCAGCUGUGUGUCCCCGAGCUCCGACGCAGCCAAGGGAAUCGUCCCCAACCCAAACCCCCUCAAAUUCUCCGUCCGUCGCCAGCAAGUACCACGAUCAGGGGAUCCCGGCCCCAAUGCGGCUGCUCCCGCUCUUCCUGCUCCUCCUCGCCGCCGCCGCCGGCGGCAGCGCCUCCGACGACCCCUUCCUCUCCGGCGCGGCGAACCACAGCUACAACAUCGACUGCGGCGGCGCGGCGGACUUCACUUCGACCUUCGGCCGCCGCUGGCUCGCCGACCAGUUCUUCUCCCCCGGCGGGGCCGCGGGGAUGGUCGCCGAGCCGCACCGCUUCCCGCAGCCGCAGGAGCGCACGCUCCGCUUCUUCCCGCCCUCGUCCGCCGGCAAGUCCUCCUGCUACUCGCUGCCCCUCCCGCCCGGCCGCUACUACCUCCGCAUCUUCUCCGUCUACGACAACUACGACUCCAAGGCCCGGACCCCGUCCUUCGACGUCUCCGCGGCCGCCACGCUCGUGCUCUCCUUCCGCUCGCCCUGGCCCGAGCCCGCCGCGCGCUACGGGGCCUACUCCGACCUCAUCUUCCCCUCCGCCACCGAGCCCGCCUCCGACGUCUGCUUCUACUCGCUCUCCACCGACGCGCCCGUCGUCGCCUCCAUCGAGGUCGCCCCCGUCCACCCGCUCGCCUACGACGGCGCCACCACCGGCGCCGACCUCGUCCUCGUCAACUACGGCCGCGUCACCUGCGGGAACAGCCUCUUCGGCCCGGGCUUCACCAAGGACCCCGACGCCUUCGCACGGGUGUGGCAGGCGGACGUCGAUUUCAGGAACAACGACCUCAAGUACGACGCCAUUACUGCCGGCGGGAGGAAGAUUUUCGGCAGCAAUCAGCCGCCCAACUACUUCCCAACCAAGCUGUACGAGUCGGCGGUCACCACGGGCGGCGACGCCAGCAAUGAGAUCGAGUACCUCAUGCCGGUGGACGCGAGACUGUCCUACAUGGUCUGGCUGCAUUUCGCGGAGAUCGACGCGGGGAUCGGGGCGGCUGGCCAGCGGGUGUUCGACGUAAUGCUGGCGGGGGAGAAUGUCACGAGGAUCGACAUCUUCAAGCAGGUCGGAGGGUUCACGGCCUUCAAGUGGACCUACGUUGUGGAGAAUCUGACGAGCUCCACGUUGAGCGUCAAGCUUGUGCCUGUGGUGGGACGGCCGAUUCUCUGCGGGCUCGAGAAUUAUGCGAUGGUGCCACUUGAGAUGAGAACGGUGCCAAGCCAAGUGGCUGCAAUGAAGGCACUGAAGGAGUCGCUCAAAAUUCCUGCAAGGAUGGGCUGGAAUGGUGACCCAUGUGCUCCAAGGGCGUGGGAUGCAUGGGAGGGGGUCACUUGCCAUCGCGGUGAUAAAGAACUUGUGAUCACCCAACUGGAUCUGGCAAGUCAAGGGCUAAAAGGUUUCAUCACAGAUGAAAUAAGUCAUCUCAAAGACUUGGUAAGCUUGAACUUGAGCUACAAUUCACUGACAGGAAGCUUACCACCUGGUUUAGGCCAACCUUCACUUGUGUCACUGGAUCUGUCAUCGAAUGAGUUUACUGGAAGCAUUCCUGGCACCAUAGGUUCGUCCAAAUUACAAACUGCUUUACUAAACAACAAUCAACUCGAUGGGCAAGUUCCAGAAAGACUUUACUCGAUUGGCGUACAUGGUGGUGUCAUAGAUCUCUCUGGUAACAAAGGCCUCUGUGGCGUGCCUACAUUGCCUGCUUGUGCAUUAUUCUGGGAGAAAGGAGGGUUGAACAAAACUGGCAAAAUUGCACUUGGAGCAUCAUUCGGGUUUGUUCUUCUUGUCAUACUUAUAGUGGUCUACAUUCUGUGCAUCAGAAGGGGCCCAUAUGACUAUGACUUUGAGUUCCCUCAAGAUUUGACUUCCAUAUCGGCAAUCUCAGCAAAAAGGAAUAGAUAUCAGAGGGCAAAGUCCGUGAUGCUUGCUGAGAUGGAGGCACAUAGUCCGGAUGGUUUCUACACAAACGGGAGCCCACACUGAAUGACAUGCGCUGGAAAUGGUUUCACUCACGGAUCGCCGUAUUUAUUAUUGAGGAAACACUCAUGGCUGUUGCUGGCGUGGUACAGGGAUAUUUGGUUCUGGAUGGCGUCCAUACUGCUUUCGUCAGCUCCCUCCAUGGCAGUUACACUCACUGCUGGGCUAUUCGAAAUGUAGCAUAUAUGCAUGUGUAAUAUGAGGCCGUUGUUGUAGCUUCUGUAGCGCAGCAAUUCUUUUUGUGGAUGCUUAACUCUUUGCUGGAGGAGCCUCCUGAUAGUUUAGCUUAGGCAAUGUGCACUGAGCGAAUCAUGUAAAAGGCACCAGGAGUCCCCAGGACUGGGACAGGUUGUUGUAGCGUUGUGAUAUGGGUUAUGGGGACUAAUAGUGAAUGGAGUAUUCGUUUUUGUAUAAAGAAAACCUGACAAUGAACAAUAGAAUCAUUAAUUAGCUCGCAGGUAGGUAGAUA